AAGCGAUCACCACUGAGCCGUGUAUGAAGUACAUUUCUAUCAAUACUAUUCAUUUUUAUUAUUUUACUGAGUGUAACGGUAUAAACAAAAAUGGGACAUCUUCCGUUGAUUAUAUUAAUACUGUCGAUGGCAACUACCAGCUUUGGUGUCAAAAUGGAAAUCGUACAUAAAUGGAAAUAUCUAGAUUAUGUUUGGGAUAAUCCGAAGCAGAAGGCAGACGCAAUAAAUUCUGGCAAUUAUAACGUUAACACGUGCUUUUUAAACGAUAUAGAUAAAGCAGAUGACGGUACAAUAUUCGCUACUGUACCAAAAGUCGUCAAUUUUGCUGUGCCAGCUAGUCUGGUGACAGUCAGUGACAUAAAAGGACCAGGGGGUCCACUUUUACAUCCUUAUCCAGAUUGGUCUUGGUAUAAUAAUAGUGACAUGUGUGAUAAUAUUGUAAAUGUUUAUAUGAUUCAUAUUCAAUAUAAUCAUAUUUUCGUUUUGGAUAACGGCUACGGAUCUGAGGAAGAAAACUGUGAUCCAAAAUUAUUGAUCUUUAAUUUAGAAAAUAAUAAGCUAGUUAAGACUAUUAACAUCCCACCUGACGUCGCUACUAACGAAACUGGUUCUGGAUUUCUAAUAAAGCCUUUUGUUUACGUUCCCGAAAACUGUGAUCCGGAACAGUUACUGGAUGAAAUGAUUGUGUUUAUAUCCGACGUGGUAGGUUCCGGUUUAGUGGUUUAUGAUUCGUCUAAAGAUAGUUUAUGCAGAGUCGAAUCUGAUUUCAUGAGAGCGACUGACUACAUUAAUAUCACCGUGGGAAACCAAAUUGUACCUUUUACAGCCGGUAUAUACGGUUUGACAAUCAUUCGCGACGACCUUCUCUAUAAUCCUUUAACGGAGAAGAAAGUAUAUAAGAUGAAAAUAAAGGAGCUACUAAAAUGUCCAGAUAAAGAAAAGGCAAAUAAUCAAAUUAAACUUGUGGGUGAAUUACCAAUUCAGACAGGACCAUUAGCAUCCGCAGAGUGUUCACUCUUUUCAAGCAAUUCUCUACAAAAUUCCAUUCAAGGCACGAACGCUUGCAAAAAGUUUUAUCCUGAGGAUAUGGUGGUCUUAGCGCAAAAUGAUAAAAAGUUGCAAGUUGUAAUUGGAAUGAAAGCUCUACAGCGUCAUGAUGAACUGAUGGUGUCAUCAAUUACGAAUAAUUACGCUAAUAAUUGUAUAAAUCUAAAUAAGAUAAAUUUCUUUAUCGUCAAGUUUAAAUUAACUGAAAUACAGAAGAAAAUAAAUUCUAAUACUUGUAUCAGAAAGAAAUAG